AUGAAAGUUAAUGAUAUCAAUAAAACUAUCUUAAAGGAAAGUCAGAUGAAUGAUGAAGAAGACAAAGAUAAUGAACCGUAGUAAUCUAAAUUAAAAUAUAUAAUAAUGGUUCUUGGAUGUUUGUUAAUGUUUGGAAAUAAUUAUUCAUUUGAUAAUCCAUAAGCACUUCAAAAAUAAUUAACAUAAGAUUUAGACAUAUCAAUCUCAAAUUAUAACCUAUUAUAUUCUGCAUUUUCAUUUCCUAAUAUUUUUUUAACUUUGAUUGGAGGAUUAAUCAUAGAUUUUUUGGGUAUAGUUUCUAACUCAUUUUUAGGUGUUAGAUUUGGAAUCAUUCUAUUUAGUGCAAUAAUAGUAGUGGCUUAAACAAUUGUAGCAUUGGGAGGAGCAUUUAAGAUAUUCUGGAUUAUGUUAGUGGGAAGAAUAAUAUUUGGAUGUGCAUCAGAAAAUUUAGUAAUAGCAUAAGCAGCUAUUAUUGGUAAGUGGUUUAGAGGAAAAGAGCUAUCAACUGUAUUUGAUAAUUCAAAUCUAUAUUUUAGGCAAUUGGUUAUAUCAUGACAGUACCUGAAUUAGCUAGUGCCGCUAAUUCUUUUCUUACUCCUAUAAUAUAUGAAUCAUAUAAAGGAUUAACAUAUCCAUUAUUUUUUAGUGUGAUUUUGUGUAUAUUUUCAUUUGUGUCUGCAGUUGUUUUAUGUAUUUUAGAUAAAAAAAAUGAACUUAAUAAAUUGAGUAUAUAUUUAUAAUAAAAAGAGGGUUAAUUUAUAAUUGAAGAAUAAGAAGAUGAAAAUGAAGAAUAGAAAGAUGAUAUUGAAAGAGUAUCAUUUAAAGAUAUUAAAAAUUUAAAUGGAACAUUCUGGAUCUUAGUUCUAAUUUGUACUUUAACAUUGGGAUCAUAUAUUCCAUUUCUCGAUGAUGCUAAUGAUUUUUUAUAGGAAAAAUUUGAAUUCACAAAUGUGUAAGCAGGAAAAGUAUUGACUAUACCAUAUUUAAUGGCAGGUAUUCUUGAGAUAAUUUAGCUAUAACAAGUCCCUUUUUUGGGCCAUAUAUAGAUAAAGUAGGAAAAAGAAGAAAAAUAAUUUUAAUAACUUGUAUUCUAUUCACUCUAACUCAUUUUGCAUUUGGAAUAAUGCCAAAUGGUAAACAUGGAUAACCUAAUUGGUUUUCUGUUAUACCUUUGAUGUUAUUAGGAUCCAAUUAUGCUUUAUAUUCAUGUGUUUUAAUUCCUUCUAUAUAAUAUAUAGUUGCAUAAAAAGUGGUAGGAACAGCAUUUGGUUUAUUAGGAAUGUUUGAGAGUAUUGCUUUGGCUUUCUUUCCUAUUAUAGCAGGAUAUAUUGUUGAGAUAUCUGAGAAUCCUGAAAUUGGAUAUUCUAAUGUAGGAUUCUUCUUUUCAGGAAUCUCUUUUUUUGGAAUUAUAUUUACACUCUCCUUAUAUAUUUUUGAUAAGAAAGGAUCAAUAGUCUUAGAUUUUGUUAAUCCAGAGGAUCCAUCUGAAUUAGAAAAGUAAAUGCUUAGAACUACAAAAUCAGAAUCUAGUAGUGAUGAAGAUGAUGAUGAUGAAUCAAGUGAUGAAGAUUCGGAUGAUGAUUAAUAUAAAAUGAAAAAAGUUUGUAAAAGUUAUGCAAGUUUAAAAAGUAAAAAGUUAUUAACAUCUCCUUUACUUAGAAGUAGUAGUUUAUAAAAUUGA